AUGACAACACCGAACAGCAUAACUAAAAUCUUGACCACACCUGCCAAAUUUGCAUCAAUAUUCAAUUGGAAAAAGGCAAGCGCCAAAGUACUGAGUCUCGAAAUUCAAAAGGGUAAAAUUGGGCUUGCUUUAGCAUCCCAUCCCUCUUUUCACGAAUCUGUUCAUGUAUUGGAGCCUAUUCCACUUUCCAAACGAGCCUUGGCCGAAACAGUCCCACAAAAGCUCGAAGAAAUUGUGAAACAGGAAAACGUCUGUGGGUUUGUAGUCUCUUGGCCUAUUCAGCAAGAUACAGGAAAGCUUGGCUACUCUUGUGGCCUGGUGCUGAACACCUUGGAACAAAUCCUUGAACAAACCAGUGACAGCCCAAUCAUGACUAGCAAGAGCCCAGUGUGCUUGUGGGAUGGAGCCCACGCCAAACUGCCUUCUAUUGACGCUUGGGGAAGAUGCCCCGACUAUGAUCGCACAUCGAAUAACACACUUCAUUUGGCAUCCAUGGAGCAAUAUCAUGUUCCUUCGCAAGGGAAUGCUGCAUCUGAAGUAAUGAAGGACUUCUUCCAAACACAUUGGCCACAACUGCACGACACAAUUCAGCAGAACCAACACAUCUACUCAUCAGAGAGUACUAGUAGUACGCACACAGAUCACCAGGAAUCGCACCGAAGCAAGAGACGUGCCAACCUGAUGUAG